AUGAGCGAGAAACAAGUAGGAAAAAAUUCAGGGAAAGAAUCGAUAAAAGAUUUACGUCUGGAUAAUCGAUUCGAUUGGGUUGGGCCGCCGGAUGACAUUUCAAAAAUAAGGCCUGUAAGAUUGCGUCGAUUAGCCAAUGAGACGGAACAGGAAAAAAAAUAUCGUGAAGCACGUGAAGCACUAAUUCAAUGGAGCUCACAAUUUUGGACGCAUCAUAAUAUUUUGUUUGAAAAGAAAAAAGCAGAGUUCGUUGAACAGAAGAAGAAAAAUCUUGGAAGACUAGAGCAUUCAAGUGCUGUUGAUAUGUCUGAAUUCUAUAGGGAGUUUCUUGACGAACAGUAUGACAGUCUUGCCAAUUACAACAGAGAGUGGUACUAUAGAAACAUCAAACUUUUUUGGCCAGCAAUCAAAGUACAAGCUAUCAGAUUUCGACGAACGUUGCAUAAAUUUUUGCGUAGAUAA